GCUUGAGGAAGCGCUCUGGGCGUGUUGUGCUGUGAGGAGUUAGCGCGCGGCUGUGGAGGCGCUCGGAGGAGGCGACCGGGUGCCCGGCGGCUAUCCAGCCAUGCCUGCGGAGCAGCCCGCGAGCAGCAGCGGGUCCGUAGCCCCAGAAAUGGCUGAGCCGACGGAACCUGCACUGAUUACCCCAGCCAUGCUGGAGGAGGAGGAGCAGCUCGAGGCUGCGGGACUUGAAAGGGAGCGGAAGAUGUUGGAAGAGGCUCGAAUGUCUUGGGAUAGAGAGUCCACUGAAAUUCGGUACCGCAGACUUCAGCAUUUGCUUGAAAAAAGCAAUAUCUACUCAAAAUUUUUGUUGACUAAAAUGGAACAACAGCAGUUGGAGGAACAGAAGAAGAAAGAGAAGUUGGAGAAAAAAAAGCGAUCAUUAAAAGUUGUAGAGGGUAAAAAUUUAGUUGAUGCAAGCGAAGAGAACCCAGUCAUGAGAAAAAAAAGAGGAAGAGAAGAAGAAUCGUACAACAUUGCAGAGGUCAUGUCAAAAGAGGAAAUUUUGUCAGCGGCUAAAAAGCAUAAGGACAAUGAGGAUGAAAGCUCUUCCACUGCUAAUCUCUGUGUAGAAGAUCUUCAGAAAAAUAAGGAUUCAAAUAGUAUAAUUAAAGAUAGAUUGUCUCAAACGGUUAGGGAGAAUUCUAAAUCCUUUUUUGACCCAGUUCGGAAAUGUAAUGGACAGCCUGUACCUUUUCAACAACCAAAACACUUCACAGGAGGAGUGAUGAGGUGGUACCAAGUAGAAGGCAUGGAAUGGCUCAGGAUGCUUUGGGAAAAUGGAAUUAAUGGCAUUUUAGCAGAUGAAAUGGGUUUGGGAAAGACUGUUCAGUGCAUUGCUACAAUUGCAUUGAUGAUUCAGAGGGGAGUACCUGGACCUUUUCUUGUUUGUGGCCCUUUGUCUACGCUUCCAAACUGGAUGGCUGAAUUCAAAAGAUUUACCCCAGAAAUUCCUACUAUGUUGUAUCAUGGAACCCGGCAGGAACGUCGAAAAUUGGUAAAGAAUAUCCACAAAAGACAAGGGACACUGCAGAUUCAUCCCGUGGUGAUCACAUCAUUUGAAAUAGCCAUGAGAGACCAGAAUGCUUUACAGCAUUGCUAUUGGAAAUACUUAAUAGUAGAUGAAGGACACAGGAUUAAGAAUAUGAAGUGCCGGCUAAUCAGGGAGUUAAAACGGUUCAAUGCUGAUAACAAACUUCUUUUGACUGGUACUCCCUUGCAAAACAAUUUAUCAGAACUUUGGUCAUUGCUAAACUUUUUGUUACCAGAUGUAUUUGAUGACUUGAAAAGCUUUGAGUCUUGGUUUGACAUCACUAGCCUUUCUGAAACUGCUGAAGAUAUUAUAGCUAAAGAGCGAGAACAGAACGUUUUACAUAUGCUUCACCAGAUUUUAACUCCAUUUCUACUGAGAAGACUGAAGUCUGAUGUUGCUCUUGAAGUCCCUCCUAAGCGAGAAGUAGUUGUUUAUGCACCACUUUCUAACAAACAAGAGAUCUUCUAUAAAGCUAUUGUGAACCGCACAAUUGCAAACAUGUUUGGAUCUUGUGAGAAGGAAACAAUUGAGCUAAGUCCUACUGGAAGACCAAAACGGCGAAGUAGAAAAUUAAUAAAUUACAGGGAAACAGAUGAAUUUCCUAGUGAAUUAGAAAAACUAAUAAGUCAGAUACAGCCAGAUGUAAAAAGAGAAAGGAGUAUUGUGGCUGUUAAUAUCCCUAUAGAAUCUGAAGUUAAUCUGAAGCUGCAGAAUAUAAUGAUGCUGCUUCGUAAGUGCUGCAAUCAUCCAUAUAUGAUUGAAUACCCUAUAGACCCAGUCACACAAGAGUUUAAGAUUGAUGAAGAAUUGGUAACAAAUUCUGGGAAGUUCUUAAUUUUGGAUCGAAUGCUGCCAGAACUUAAAAAAAGAGGUCACAAGGUGCUGGUUUUUUCACAAAUGACAAGCAUGUUGGACAUCUUGAUGGAUUAUUGUCAUCUUAGAAACUUCACAUUUAGCAGACUUGAUGGGUCCAUGUCUUAUUCAGAAAGAGAAAAAAAUAUAUACAGUUUCAACAUGGAUCCAGAUGUUUUUCUUUUCUUAGUGAGUACACGAGCUGGUGGUUUGGGCAUUAAUUUGACAGCGGCGGAUACGGUUAUCAUUUAUGACAGUGAUUGGAAUCCCCAGUCUGAUCUUCAGGCCCAAGAUAGAUGUCAUAGGAUUGGUCAGACAAAGCCAGUUGUUGUAUAUCGCCUUGUCACUGCAAAUACUAUUGAUCAGAAAAUUGUGGAAAGAGCAGCUGCUAAGAGAAAACUGGAGAAGCUUAUCAUCCAUAAAAAUCAUUUCAAAGGUGGUCAGUCUGGGUUAAGUCAAUCUAAGAAUUUCUUAGAUCCUAAGGAAUUAAUGGAAUUAUUAAAAUCUAGAGAUUAUGAAAGGGAAGUAAAAGGAUCAAGAGAGAAGGUCAUUAGUGAUGAAGACCUAGAAUUGUUAUUAGAUCGAAGUGAUCUCAUAGAUCAAAUGAAGGCCUCAAGACCCAUUAAAGAGAAAACAGGGAUAUUCAAGAUACUAGAAAAUUCUGAAGAUUCCAGUGCAGAAUGUUUGUUUUAAAGCAGCGCUAAAUGGUUUUUAAAAACUUUUGCAUCCAUCCUGGUAACUUGCCUACUGGCUUUGGAUUUUAUAAGUUUAUAUAAUGUAACUAGUAUUGUUACAUACUUGAAGUGCUAAUUUUCUGAGAUUUAUUAAGUACAAAUUUCUUAUUAAAUUUAGAUUUUUUAGGUAGUUUUUGGGACUGGGUUGUACUUUUGAGUAUGGUCUUUGAAUAUUGUCUAAUAUAUACUUAACUGUUGACAAGUUUAUACAGUCUUCCUGUGGAAGUUUAGUGUCUCCCCCAACCCCUUUAGUUAUGUAAUUCAUGGUAUUUGGACUUCAGUUAUGGAGCAGGGUUUUGAUGGGGGAGAUUGAUUGAAAUUGUACUUUCUGUUGCUGAAGUAAAUUGUUGAUUUUGAGUCCGUAAGAUGACUUACCAAAUAAAAGUUUAUUAUAAUAUGA